CCGGCACUUCUCGCGAUGUUACGCCUCUGGGUUGAGAAACGCUGUGACCAGACCAAAGACAACACCGGGAACUCGAGCAGGAGCCACUUCGCUGCUUUACUGUUGGUUGUUCACGAAAUGGACUGCUCAAAUCUAACGAAUGUACUCACAGAGUCCAAGGAUUACCAGGUGACUGUAUGCUGUAAGAUGAAGAAGCUGGGGUCUUGUUUCGUACAGAACAGCCAUAAAGACGCAGCCCAGCAGCACAGCAGCAUAGAGGAUGAACCCUUACUCAGAGACAACCCCAGGCGUUUUGUCAUCUUCCCAAUCCAGUACCCUGACAUCUGGAGGAUGUACAAACAGGCCCAGGCCUCCUUCUGGACAGUGGAAGAGGUGGAUCUAUCUAAGGACCUGGCACACUGGGACAACUUGAAGCCUGAUGAGAAACACUUCAUCUCUCACAUCUUAGCUUUCUUCGCUGCCAGCGACGGCAUCGUCACCGAGAACCUUGUCCAGAGGUUUAGUCAGGAGGUGCAGCUUCCAGAGGCCCGAUCCUUCUAUGGGUUCCAGAUCCUCAUAGAGAACGUCCACUCUGAGAUGUAUGGCAUGCUCAUCAACACUUACAUCAGAGACUCUGAGGAGAGGGAGCAUUUGUUCAAUGCCAUCCAGACUAUGCCGUGUGUGAGAAGGAAAGCAGAAUGGGCCAUCCAGUGGAUCUCUGACACCAAAUCCACCUUUGGGGAGCGGAUCGUAGCGUUCGCUGCAGUGGAGGGCAUCUUCUUCUCUGGGUCGUUCGCUGCUGUUUAUUGGUUGAAGAAGAGAGGCCUGAUGCCUGGGCUCACCUACUCCAACGAGCUCAUCAGCAGGGACGAGGGCCUGCACUGUAACUUUGCCUGUCUGUUGUACAGCUACAUAGUGAAGAAACCGUCAGAGGACAGGGUAAAGGACAUUAUCACCAAAGCUGUCAGCAUCGAGCAGGAGUUUCUGACCGAGGCCUUACCUGUGGAUCUGAUUGGGAUUAAUGGUGUGCUGAUGAAGCAGUACAUUGAGUUUGUGGCAGACCGUUUACUCCAAGACCUGGGAUUGGCCAAGGUCUAUCUGACAGAAAACCCCUUUGACUUCAUGGAGUCCAUCUCACUGGAAGGGAAAACCAACUUCUUUGAGAAACGUGUGGCUGAGUACCAGAGGUAUGGAGUGAUGUCGAACACCAUGAACUGUGACUUCACCCUGGAUGCAGACUUCUAGUUUUAAACACAUUGUUCCACGUGAAGAAAAAGAAGAGGCUUCAGGAGUUCCACGACAACCUCCGAUGCGAUUGGAGGGGAAUCCUGAUUGGAGGGGAAUCCUGAUUGGAAGAAUUAUAACCACAUAGGUGCUGAGUGGCAUAACAUCAAUCCAAGUACAGACACUCGUGUGGGUUUGAAAAUGAAAAAGGCCACCCAUUGUUACACUAUUGACCUGUAUAUUGAAUUUACAUUUGUUCUAUUUGAUCUUGAUUAAACAAGGACCUCACACUGACAAUAGCAACAAUACCAGUGAACCAAUGCAAUGUUUUUAAUAAGUGUAACGGAUGUGAAAUGGCUAGCUAGUUAGCGGUGGUGCGCGCUAAUAGCCUUUCAAUCGGUGACGUCACUCGCUCUGAGACCUUGAAGUAGUGGUUCCCCUUGCUCUGCAAGGGCUGCGGCUUUUGUGGAGCGAUGGGUAACGAUGCUUCGAGGGUGGCUGUUGUCGAUGUGUGCAGAGGGUCCCUGGUUCUCGAGCCCAGGUAGGGGCGAGGAGAUGGACAGAAAGAUAAACUGUUACAUAAGGACUUAUUGAUCAAUGCCUUUUGUUUGUUUUAUAAAAGGAAUACUGCUCAGUCUCUCUCUCUCUCUGAUAAUCAUUUGUUCUAGGUGCAUAGCUAGAACUAUUAGGAAGAAUGUGUAGUGUUUGUGUGUUUGCAAAAUGUGCACGACACCACCAUAUUUUCCUUUGUAUCCCAUCUGCUUCUACAUAUUUCCAGCUCCAUCACUUAUCAAUGCUUUCUUUUUGUAGACAGCUUGCCACUGUCAAAUGAAGGCCCCUCCCCCUGACGCGAGCUCGUUGGUAGUGCUGGCAGUGGCUAUGCUACAUGCUAGCUGACGUUUUGAAAAGAUGGCAACGGACUGGCAAGCUUUAACUGAUUAGGCCAAGUUAAUAUCCGGUCGUCUCAGAGAGCUGUUAUCCUCCGGGCCGUGAUAUGUCUGAUCGUAGUUUGGGGUGGAAUUGGGUCUGACGCCUGAGCUUUACCCGUCAUGGGUGAUUUUUCUCCACGGCGGCGGACUCUUCGGUGGGGAAAAGGCGAGGGGCUCCGGUUACUCAAGACGGGGGCUCCGGUUACUCAAGACGGAUCAAGUGAAUACAAUUGUGAAGCACGAGGAACAAAAGAAGACAAAAAAUAUAUCAGGAAAAGGUGCACACAUUUAGCUAUCUGUAAAUAGGAAUUGUCGUAGCAUUGGUAACUUUUUUUUUGCUGUGUAGCUUUGUGUUGUUGGCUGGCUAGCGUGUCAACUUGCUAAUAUUAGCCGCUAGCUAGCUUAGUUUGCUAUUGUUAAGUACUGACUUUGUUUUGAUAGCUUAGUUUCCAGCUAGUUAGCUAGCCAUGUUCAUUAGCAUUAAUGUUUUCAUUCGUGUUUUCAAUUUCAUGUAAAUCAUAAAUUACGUUUUCAUCCUAGCCUACUAACGUUACUAGGUAGAUAUGCUGGUCUAGCUAGCUAACAUUAGGUAGUCAACUGAUCUGCGUAAUUAGAUCUGGCUAGAUAAUCACUUAGUAUAAUCUGGCUAGCUAACAGUAGCUUGUCUGAUCACUGUCAGCCUGCCUGAUGUCUAGAUUGCUUUCUCAUGGUAUUUGUGCAAGUCACACACACGGCCCAGUAACAGUUACUCAGUUUGUUGUUUCCCUGCCUACAGAAGGCUCAGUCUAACUGGCGGACAGUUCCAGAGCCGCAGGAGGAAGUGAGAGAAGAAAUCUCUAAACCUUCCCCAGAGAUUAAAACUGAAAAGGUUUUGUAGCUGCCAUAGAGCCACAAAUAACACCACAGUCUUUUGAAACAGUUUAUUAGAAUGUGUUUUUUAAUAUUUUUUUUCACCCCUUUUCUCCCCCUCUUUCAUUGUAUUCAAUUGAUAGUUAGUCUUGUCCCAUCGCUGCAACUCCCGUACGGACUCGGGAGAGGUGACGGUUCGAGAGCCGUGAUUAACACAAUGCCCACUUAACCCGGAAGCCAGCCGCACCAAUGUGUCGGAGGAAACACCUGGCGACAGUGUCAGCGUUCAUUGCGCCCGGCCCGCCACAGGUGUCGCUAGUGCGCGAUGGGACAAGAACAUAUCUGCCGGCCAAACCCUCCCCUAACACGGACGACGCUGGGCAGCCUACGACAGAGCCUGGACUCGAACCAGGAUCUCUAGUGUAAAAUGGUAUAGAAUCAGCUUGAUUAUCUCUGUCGAAAACGCUUGAACCUUCUUUUUUUAUAUUUUCAGUGGAAUUGUUAACUAACACGCCUCUAAAGAAAAAUGAGAAUUAAAAACAGUUUCAGCCCUUUGUUUGUCUGUGAUCUUGCGGAGUUACUCCACCUCAAGAAUUGCAUUUGACAAAAGGCUCGGCACACACAUACUCAGGCUGACUGGCAAUCGUUCAGGCAAAUGAGAAAUAAGUGCACUCCGGCUAUCCGGAAGGCCAAAGUUAGUUACUUUAAUGAGCAGUCCUCUCUCUGUGGGUCUAACCCCAAGAAGUCCUGGAGAAUAAGCCCUCCUCUCAGCUUCCCGUGUCCCUUAAUGUUGAUGAUGUGGUUGUUACUGACAAGAAGCACAUGGCUGAGCUCUUUAAUCACCACUUCAUUAACAGGAUUCCUAUUUGACUCAGCCAUGCUUCCUUGCCUGUCCAACAUUUCCUCAUCCCCCACCCCUUCUAAUGCGACUAUCCCCGAUGCUUCUCCCUCUUUUCCCCAUGCCCCGCUACAAAGUUUCUCCCUGCAAGUACUUGGGAGCAUGGCUAUACGGUACACUGUCCUUCUCUCAGCACAUAUCAAAGCUGCAAGCUAAAGUGAAAUCUAUACUUGGUUUCCUCUAUUGUAAUCGCUCCUCUUUCACCCCAGCUGCCAAACUAACCCUGAUUCAGAUGACCAUCCUACCCCUGCUAGAUUACAGAGACAUCAUUUAUAGAUCAGCAGGUAAGGGUGCUCUCGAGCGGCUAGAUGUUCUUUGCCAUUCAGCCAUCAGAUUUGCCACCAAUGCUCCUUAUAGGACACAUCACUGCACUAUAUACUCCUGUAAACUGUUCAUCUCUGUAAACCUGUUGCAAGACACACUGGUUGAUGCUUAUUUAUAAAACCCUGUUAAGCCUCCCUCCCCCCUAUCUGAGAUAUCUACUGCAGCCCUCAUCCUCCACAUACAACACCCGUUCUGCCAGUCACAUUCUGUUAAAGGUCCCCAAAGCACACACAUCCCUGGGUCGCUCCUCUUUUCAAUUCGCUGCAGCUAGCGACUGGAACGAGCUGCAACAAACACUCAAACGGGACAGUUUUAUCUCCAUCUCUUCAUUCAAAGACUCCAUCAUGGACACUCUGAUUGACAGCUGUAGCUGUUUCACGUGAUGUAUUGUUGUCUCUACCUUCUUGCCCUUUGUGCUGUUGUCUGUGCCCAAUAAUGUGUGUACCAUGUUUUGUGUUGCUACCAUGUUGUGUUGUUGUCUUGGGUAUUUCUUUAUAUAGUGUUGCGUCUCUUGUUGUAAUGUGUGUUUUUGUCAUUUAUAUGCCUUUUGUUUGGCCGUCAUUGUAAACAAGAAUUUGUUCUUAACUGACUUGCCUAGUUAAAUAAAGUUUUAAAAUAUGUAUAUAAUAAAUGUUGUCUUAGGUCCCUCUUUA